CACACGUGCGCGUACACGACGUGCGCGCUGCCGUUCCUGCGGAAUUCAGGAGGCUGUGGUCGGACUCCGAAAUUCUCCCACCUAGAAAAUAAUGAACAACAAAUUUGACGCUCUGAAAGAUGAUGACAGUGGAGAUCACGACCAGGACCAAGGCUCACCGAAAGACAGUGAGAAGGAAAAAAUUGAAGAAGAUGACAAGGAACAGAACACCUCAAAGAAAAAGAUGGUGGUUCCAGGGGCAGGAGAGCAUCCCCUCCAAUACAACUACACCUUCUGGUACUCCAGACGCACCCCAGGGAGACCAGCCAGCACCCAGAGCUAUGAACAGAACAUCAAACAGAUUGGCAGCUUUGCCUCGGUGGAGCAGUUUUGGCGUUUUUACAGUCACAUGAUCCGACCAGGUGACCUUACAGGCCAUAGUGACUUCCACCUCUUUAAGGAAGGCAUUAAACCUAUGUGGGAGGAUGAUGCCAAUAAGAUGGGAGGAAAGUGGAUCAUCCGUCUGAGGAAAGGUCUGGCAUCUCGGUGCUGGGAGAACCUGAUCCUGGCCAUGCUGGGAGAGCAGUUUAUGGUCGGAGAGGAGAUCUGUGGGGCUGUGGUGUCUGUACGCUUCCAGGAGGACAUAAUUUCAAUCUGGAACAAAACAGCUAGUGAUCAGGCGACCACUGCCCGCAUCAGAGACACCUUGCGCAGAGUCCUGAACCUCCCUCCCAACACCAUCAUGGAGUACAAGACACAUACAGACAGCAUUAAAGCAUGGGAAGACUUCCAUGGUCUGGUGAAUGCUAGCGGCGGACGCUAGCCCCUCACACAGAGCUGCCGCAAGGAUGUGUGCUUAUGUGAUGUGUUGGGGGAAGAUGAGUCCAGGGAAGGAUGCCUCUGUAUGGAUUGGCACUGUGUACUAUGGAGACAGAGCAAAAGUCAGGAACAGAGGCAAGAAGACCAUUCCUUCUUUGUGUCAAAUUGGAAAUGAACAGAAAACCCUUUCAGCUGAACACUGAAUCCAGCUGACGACAGAGGCUUUAUUUUUAAUCAACUAGAGAACAAUGAAGCCUUGUCAACUGUUGUCAUCUUAUAAAGCAAGUUAUAACAUAUUUUAACUUGCCACCAGAGGGAGGCCAUGUGACCUCUGUUUGCUGAGCUGGUCAAUAUGUGUUGACUAAGUGUACUUGACAAAAAAAAAAAACCCAACAAAACCAAUCAGUUAAAAUACUACUUUUCAUUUUAUUGUUUAACAUAA